CCUUUACCAUCUCUGCCUGUGGCCUCCAGAACCCCCUCCCCAACCCAGCUUCCUGGGUGCCCUGGGGGGGGGGGAACUUCUGUUUUUCCAGACCCCCCAAAAGGCCCAUACCACUUGCCAUCAAGGCAUAUGUCAACCCAGAGUGAGGGGGCUCAGCAUUAGAAAACCUGAGACACCUAGAACCCCCAAGUUACUCCUUGAUCAAGCCUCCUGGCACUUCCCCAAUGCUUUAGGGCUCUGAGGGUAGGAGCCAAGAUGGCCCCGUGGGAUCCACUCAUUCCCUCAGAUGGCCCCUCUCACCUUUACGCCCAAACUCAGAUCAUCUUGCCACAUUGCCCCAGGCCUAGAGGCCCCCAGACCCUGGCCCAGGCUAAGGGAGUUCCUGGGCAAGAGGCCCAGCCCGGGACUUAUUUUGGACAGAUCCGUCACUGGAGUCGACUCUCAAGAGUUAUUUUGAGGCUGGCUCCCUUCUGCCAGCCUUGGGCUCCUCCUUCCCGCAAGGCCACUGACCACCUGCCACUGUCCCUCUCCCUCCCACAGGCCCAGAAUGCCAGCUGGCAAUUAGUCAAGGGGGGAGGGGUGGAGUCAGAGCAUCAUAAAGCCAGGAACACUUGGCCGACAGACUGUGCUCCGCUGCAUUUCAGAGCUGUCUCCACUGCUUACGUCCCCUCUGCUCUGCCUGCCACCGCCAUCGCCAUGCCCACCCACCGGCUGGUGAUCGUCCGCCAUGGCGAGAGCACAUGGAACCAGGAGAACCGUUUCUGUGGCUGGUUCGACGCAGAGCUGAGCGAGAAGGGGAAGGAAGAGGCCAAACGUGGGGCCCAGGCCAUCAAGGAAGCCGGCCUGGAGUUUGACAUCUGCUACACCUCGGUGCUGAAGCGUGCCAUCCGCACCCUCUGGUUCAUCCUGGAUGGUAUAGACCAGAUGUGGGUGCCUGUGGUGCGGACCUGGCGCCUGAAUGAGCGCCACUACGGGGGUCUCACAGGCCUCAACAAAGCAGAGACUGCUGCUAAGCAUGGGGAAGCACAGGUGAAGAUCUGGAGACGCUCCUUUGACAUCCCACCCCCACCCAUGGAUGAGACACACCCCUACUAUUCAGUCAUCAGCAAGGAGCGGCGCUAUGCUGGUCUGAAGCCUGGGGAGUUGCCCACCUGUGAGAGCCUGAAGGAUACCAUUGCCAGGGCUCUGCCCUUCUGGAAUGAGCAGAUUGCUCCCCAGAUCAAGUCAGGGAAGAGGGUGCUCAUUGCUGCCCAUGGCAACAGCUUACGAGGCAUAGUCAAGCACCUGGAAGCAAGGUUUCUCUUUCCACACGUCAGGAUGAGUCUUUCCUAUUGCUUCCAUGACCAUCAGAAUGGAGUAAAUAAGGCGCCAUGUUGAGGUCUUCCUUUUCCUAAUUGUGCUCAAAUGCAAGUGUCUGAGAGCCCAAAGUUGGGUCCCAGCAAAGCAGUGUCUAGUAACUCAGAACUUAACCAGUUGACUUACAUACAGUAAGCUUUUCAGAAGGUAAGAAAGGCAUAUAUUAUAGCUGGCCUAAGUCUGCUGAAAAUGCACUGCUAUUUAUUUUGUGGAUAUUGUUUGGACACAACAGAUCUUUCCCAACAAAUAUCCAAACUGCACUACACUACCAUGGUGUGCCCCAAAGACAGUGAUUGUCAUGCCACCUUUCCCAUUUGGAGUUGGCCAACUAUUACGAGAACCGUGCAGAAUUAGGGGCUGCUCAGAUGAGUUUUUGGUUUUGCUCAGGAAGUCUAGUGGGCAAUUACCCACAAUCAGUAAGAUGGACAGCCACCCUUCCAAUGAAGAAAACAGCGUCCCAGGUUAAUGAAAUGUUUUUAACUCUUCAUGGUCAGAUAGUGUGAAUUCCUGCCUUUUUGUGAUUCUUCUUUUUUGCUCUGGGAACAUGAUGAGGCAGAUAGUAAAGAAGCUCGUACGAAAGAAUUCCUGAAGCUUUCGAUGAUGAGGUGCACGGGUUCUCAACAAAUGAGCACAACAUUUCAGGUCCAGGG